AUAUUAAGCUUGUUCAUCCUGCUGUCACGCACAAGGUUACCAAUCAUUCCCAUCAGGCACAAUGCCAUUUUUAGGAUAAUCAGCUCGCAUGUAGCUAGCAGCCGUCAGCGGGUUCACCUUGGUUCGGUCUGUUCUCCAAUGGAUCCUCCGAAUCCAACGCGCUUAGCGGCGCCUCUCUCCCUCCGCCUUGCCGUCUUCCUCCUCGUACUCGCCUCGCUUCUGGCUAGCACCGCCGUCGCGCACAACGACCAUGGCCUCCACAGGAACUACCUCAUCAUCGUGCGCACGCCGUACGAGUACGACCGGAACCUGUUCAAGGACGUGUCGAGCUGGCACGCGUCGCUGCUCGCGUCCGUGUGCGACAUGGCCGAGGAGGAGCUCGACAAGGACCCCUCCGCCAUGGCGCGCCUCAUCUACUCCUACCGCCACGUCGUGAACGGCUUCGCGGCCCGCCUCACCGACGAGGAGGUCCGCGCCAUGGAGAGCAAGGACUGGUUCGUCAAGGCCAUCCCGGAGAAGACGUACCGGCUGAUGACCACGCACACGCCGCAAAUGCUCGGGCUCACCGGCAAGCAGGCGUUCCACGGCGGCCUGUGGGGCAAGAGCAACAUGGGCGAGGGGAUCAUCAUCGGCGUCCUCGACGACGGCAUCAGGCCCGGGCACCCGUCCUUCGACGCGACGGGCAUGAAGCCGCCGCCGGCCAAGUGGAAGGGCCGCUGCGACUUCAACAGCUCCGUGUGCAACAACAAGCUCAUCGGCGCGCGCUCGUUCUACGAGUCGGCCAAGUGGAAGUGGCAGGGGAUCGACGACCCGGUGCUACCCGUCAGCGAGGGCUCGCACGGCACGCACACGGCGAGCACGGCGGCCGGCGCGUUCGUGCCCGGCGCGAACGUCAUGGGCAACGGGCUCGGCACGGCCUCCGGCUUGGCACCCCGCGCGCACAUCGCGCUCUACCAGGUGUGCUUCGAGGACAAGGGCUGCGACCGCGAUGACAUCCUGGCGGCGCUGGACGACGCCGUCGACGAGGGCGUCGACGUGCUCUCGCUCUCGCUCGGCGACGACGAGGCCGGCGACUUCGCCUCCGACCCCAUCGCGCUCGGAGGAUACACCGCCAUCAUGAAACGCGUCUUCGUCAGCGCCGCGGGCGGGAACAUGGGCCCGCAACACGCAACAGUUGCCAACGAGGCGCCGUGGCUGCUCACCGUGGCGGCAGCCACGACCGACCGGAGGUUCUUGGUCUCCGUAAAGCUUGGCAACGGGGUCGAGCUCGACGGCGAGUCGCUGUUCCAGCCCAAGGACUUCCUGGGCGUGCAGCGGCCGCUGGUAAGGGACCUCAGCGACGGCACGUGCUCCGAUGAGAAAGUCCUCACGCCGCAGCACGUCGGCGGGAAGAUCGUCGUGUGCGACGCCGGUGGCAACUUCACCGCCCUGGAGAUGGGGGCCGCGCUACGCGAAGCCGGCGCGGCCGGUAUGGUCGUCAUCAACAUCCAGGAGCUCGGCUCGGUGAUCCAACCCAAGGCGCACGCCCUCCCGGCGUCGCAGGUGCCUUACUCGGUGGGGCAGAAGAUCAGGGCGUACAUGAACUCGACGGAGGACGCGACGGGCGAGCUGGUCUUCAAAGGGACCGUGCUCGGCAACCGCGACUCGCCGGUCGUGGCGGCGUUCUCGUCGCGGGGGCCGAGCAAACAGAACCAGGGGAUCCUCAAGCCCGACAUCACCGGCCCCGGGGUGAACAUCAUCGCCGGCGUGCCCCGGCCGGCGGGGCUCAUGACGGCCCCCAAUCCCCUGGCGGCACACUUCGACAUCCUGUCCGGCACGUCCAUGGCCACGCCGCACCUCAGCGGGAUCGCCGCGGUGAUCAAGAAGGCGAACCCGGCGUGGUCGCCGGCGGCGAUCAAGUCGGCCCUGAUCACGACGGCCGACGCGACGGACCACCGCCGGCGGCCGAUCGCGGCGCACGACGGGUUCCCCGCCAACCUGCUCACGCUGGGCGCCGGGUUCGUCCACCCGAUGAAGGCCCUGAGGCCGGGGCUCGUGUACAACCUGUCGGCGGCGGACUACGUCCCCUACCUGUGCGGGCUGAGGUACAGCGACCACGAGAUCAACUCCAUCAUCCACCCGCUGCCGCCGGUGUCGUGCGCGCAGAUGCCGGCCGUGGAGCAGAAGGACCUCAACUACCCGUCCAUCACCGCGUUCCUGGACCAGGCGCCCUACGUCGUGAACGUCACGCGCGUGGUGACCAACGUCGGGCGCGCCAGGUCCGUGUACGUCGCGCGGGUGGAGGUGCCGGGGGAGCUGUCGGUGACGGUGGCGCCGGACACGCUCCGGUUCACCAAGGUGAACCAGGAGAAGAGGUUCACGGUCACGAUCAGGCCCGUGGGGGCGCGGAGGGAGAAGGGGAUCGCGGAGGGGCAGCUCAGGUGGGUGUCGCGCAAGACCGUGGUGCGCAGCCCCAUCCUGGUGUCGUACAAGAAGUUCGUCCAGGACACUGCUCAUCUCACUCAUUGAUGACCACUGGAUUGGAUCUGUCAAUCGCCCGCCGCCAUGGAUGUAAUAUGCAUGGGGCAGCAGUAGGAUAUAGGUUCUCGUGCUUCCUGUUGCCAGUCGCGGGUUCUGUCAUUAUGUGCAGUGUAUGCCUGUAUUUAGACUGUAAAUUAUGUGGAGCAAUAUAAUGAAGUUCCAUG